ACGUAUAGGUUGCGGAACGCAACAGGCUCCGGUCCCUAUUUCUCUCGUGUUACUUAACACGUACUACUACGUACGUACGCAACAACUUGAUUAAUUUGCAUCUAGCCGUAUCGCAAGAUCUCAGCGACCCGUUUCGAUGACGAAGAUUUUCAGGUGCAGCUACUAUCGGUCGAAGCAACCCGACGAGCCGCCCGAGGAGGACGAAGAAUCGGCGGCGGGGGAAUACGAGUACGUGGAUCUCGAGGACGGCCAAGGCAAGCAAGGAGGCGGCGACGAGAGGCCGGAAUCCGGCCGUCUCGUGGACCCUGACGUCGUCUUCACCAUUCACAUCGCCGCCUUGUGCGUAAUGUUGGGCUCCUUCAUCCUGAGCUACUCCUACCUCGGCACCGGCGUGGUGGCCGCGUGGCCGGACGACGUCCUCCAGAUCAUCCCGGGCGCCUUGUUGCUCGCCCUCGGGGCCGCCGCUUUCGCCGGUCUCGCCUUGCGAGUCUGCACUUUCUCCACGUGGUUUACGGUUUUUUGUUGAGAUAUAUUCAUCAUUUAGCUACUUUAUUAUUGUCUCCACUGCAUCCAGUAUGAAUUUAUCUGUUAUUAUUAUCUUUGUAGCUAAU